CUCAGGAGCCACAUCUCUUGGUCCUGCCUUCACCGAAGACCCCAACAAGACAACAUGCCUCCCAAGAAGCCCGAGCCUAAGAAGGAGGCUGCCAAGCCCGCCGCGGCCCCGGCUCCGGCCUCCGCGCCCGAGGCCCACAGGGAGCUUGCCUUUGACCCCAAGAGCGUGAAGAUAGACUUCUCCGCUGACCAGAUUGAGGAGUUCAAAGAGGCGUUUUCCCUGUUUGACCGCACCCCGGCAGGAGAGAUGAAGAUCACCUAUGGGCAGUGCGGGGAUGUGCUCCGAGCCCUGGGCCAGAACCCCACCAACGCUGAGGUGCUGCGUGUUUUGGGCAAGCCUAAGCCUGAAGAGAUGAACGCCAAGACGCUGGACUUCGAGAGCUUCCUGCCCAUCCUGCAGCACAUCUCCCGCAGCAAGGACCAGGGCACCUACGAGGACUUCGUGGAGGGGCUGCGCGUCUUUGACAAGGAGAGCAACGGCACGGUCAUGGGGGCUGAGCUGCGGCACGUCCUUGCCACCCUGGGAGAGAAGAUGACUGAGGCCGAGGUGGAGCAGCUGCUGUCCGGGCAGGAGGAUGCCAAUGGCUGCAUCAAUUACGAAGCCUUCGUCAAGCACAUCAUGUCUGGGUGAAGCGCGUCUCUCCAGGGUGCCUGGCCCUGGCCUUUGCCCCAGGAUGAGUUAACAAGAAGCCCACAGGGACUGACAUGGAGUUCUGGACUCACCACCAGGUCACAACUCGAAGACCUCUCCAGUACACAG